AUGAACGAGAAUGAAUCUUUUGAAGAUACCACAAAGUUGGGAGCAGAAAAUUACAACCUUGCAGAAAAAUUUCGUCAUCAAGAAGUGAGAAAAAAAGAAAUUUUAAGGAUGAAGCGCGUGAUCACAUACGCUCACCUGAUGAACGGUGGUAAAGUCAAAAAGUCUUCUCCGCAUCACUUCACUUUGCUUCGUAAACGAAGAAAUUUCCUCCUCAUUGGUCGUUUUAGAGCAGUUCGUUUUAAUACUUACUUCAACAAUUCCAAUAGGAAUUCUUUAUGUUGGGAGAGGUUUAAUGUUGAAAGUUUCAGAAUUAUUAAGCUCAGUUUCGAAAGAACGACUGUCAGAGUCGACGAUUCUCCCAAUUUGUCUCCAAACAUUGAAUAA